UUGGUACCAAACAGUAGUAGUCCUAAGCAAGAUCAUUAGUUUUGAAUAGUUUGAAUAGUCUUAAAAUUGCUUGCAUUUAAAAAUUAGUAUACAUUAGAAGUUAAUACAAAUACAAUAUUCAGUUUUCGCGCUUUGGCAUUUAACGAAACGAUGCUGGAGUUUACCUACAAGGAUCUCAUUGAUGUGGCAAUUGGCUCACCCGAGUCGGGACACGUUAACUUCUAUGCGCUGCACGUUCUGCUCUCCAACUUUGCCCAGAAACUCGAGUGUUUGCACGAUCCCGUCGAUCAGGAUGACUAUCUGCUGGCCAACAUGCGACUGCAGAGCAGUCUCAUUGGCAAAUCCUCCAAGUAUCGUCUGCAUGCUGGCGCCGAUGCCGAAGAGCCGCCAACUGAGGCGGCGCCACCUGAGCCAGAGGCAGCGGCUGCGCCAACUGCCGAACCAGCUCCAGCUGAGGCUGAGCCAGAGGCAGCUCCUCCUGCACCUUCCGCUAUUGAGGCAACAGCUGCUGACCAGCCAGCCGAGCCUGAAGCAGCUCCAGCAGCUGCCGCAGCCGAGCCGGAAGUAACACCCACAGCUGCAACACCCGCUGCCGAAGAAGCUGCCACACCUGCCCCAGAACCGAGUCCGGAACCGGAGGCACAGCCUGGAAUCUCACCACCGAAUAUUCCGUCUCGUGCCUCGUCGCGCACCUCAAAGUUGGACAAGACGCCGUCGCGUGCCGAAGGCUCGAUGAUUGGUUCGCUGGCCAAACUGGAGCGUCGCAUCUCCAGAGUGGAGCUGCAAAAGGAGCAGAAGGAAAUGGAGAUGCAGAAUUAUUUGUCCGUUGUGACAGGACAACUGAAACUCACCAUGGAACAGCUGAACAAUGUUACGCAUCUGGUGCUCGAUCGCAAGCCGGAUCCGGAUCGCAUGAAGCUCUUGCGACACAUUGCACGCCAGCUGCGUGUGCUGAUGCGUGUGGCUGACGACGAGGUCUCCAUCAGCUGGACCAGCGGCGAGGCUGUGGUCGAGGAACUCGAGGUGGUCGAAGAGGAGGAGGAGGAACAGUCAGCGCUGGCCGAGUCUAGCACGCCCACCGAGGUGGCCAAACCCGAGGAGGAAAUGGAACUGGAUCAGCAUCUUUGCUACUCCCCAGAGCGCAUGCUCAAGGAGCUGCUCGAACUCAAGUCGGAGUUUUGUGGGCUGACCAACAAGGUGAACGAGUUGUCCGCCGAGCUGCUAAAACAGGAUGCAAAGCGUCUCAUAGAAAUGAUGCAGGAAAUGCAGGCAGCGAUGCGGGAAGUGAAGCUCGGUUCGGCAGCCAACAACGAAGCCAAUCAGGGGAUGCUCACCAAGCUGAAUAAUGCCAUCACGCAAAUUGCCUCCCUCAAGAAUUCGGUAGCGCAUCUCGAUGAACUGAAGAUCGACAAGGCCGAUGUGGAGCUGCUGCUGGCAGAGAAAGUUGAUUUCCCACAACUGGCGACAAAAGUGUCGCUGGAACAGCUCGAGGAGUACAAGGAGCGUCUGGAGAAACAGUUCUGUGAGGUGCGAUACAUCAUCAAUGUGAAUGAGAAGAACGUGCUGCAGAUCAUCGAUGGACUGCGCAUGACACUGGGCAUCGAUUCCCUAGAGCUGAGUCUGAAGGACUUCCGUGAGCUGAUUGAGAAGCGAGUGGCGCUCAUUGCCGAGGCGCUGCACAAGUACAUGGAGAUGACGAACGACGAUUGCGCUGCGGCCGCUGGUCGCGUCAAGGUGAUGCAGGAUCUGGCCUGCAUCUCGUGCGACACGCCUUGUGUGAUGCGCACCAUGGAACGCUCCAAGCUGCCGGUGCCCGCCUCAGCGAAGGCCUCAACCAGCUUGGGUCCGCUGAUCACCUACGAACUAGGUCAAAUCCGCAAGUCCGGCAUCAUGGGCUAUUAUCGCAAGGAUGAGUUCCCACACUCGACGAAUGCCUGGACUCAAGGCAUGGGAACAGUGCCUGUGUCCAAGUGUGUGCCUCGCCAUGCUGGUGGCCUUCACACCAUUCACACAGCGGAAGAACAUAUGCAGAAGGUUGUGCUCUCCAAAAAGCAUGCUGGUUGGGUUUGACGAUUGUGAAGUGAGAUAAUUCCAAUUCUUUGAAAUUAUUCGACAAAAAAAAAUACUUUUAAAAUCCAUCAAGUGCAACGGAUGACUGCGAGGGAGCAAGCCAAAAGAUUCCCUACGACAGCAUCUCUAGUCUUGAACAAAAAAAAUGAAAUAAAACAUUUCGAUUGAUUAACACACCAACAACAA